AUGGGAAUUGGCAUCGAUAAUGCUGCAGUAAUGGUUGGCAUUAAUAAUGGGGUGUAUGCAAUAUUGAAAAAAGAAAUACCAAAUCUUAUACUUGUACGACGUGUAUGUCAUUCCUUGCAGUCAGCAGUAACUGCAGCAUCAACUGAGAGUUUGCCUAAAAAUUUAGAAUUUCUGAUAAGAGAGACUUAUGACUGGUUUGCAAGGUCAUACUCUAGACAACAAAAAUACAAAGCAUUAUAUAAUGCAAUUAAUGAUGGUCAAUACCCCCCUGAAAAUUGUACAAGCUUAUCAGACACGCUGGAUGUCUAUAGAAUCAGUUGUUUGUAG